AUGCAAUUUUAUAUGAAUUUUGGUCCAGCUCGAUGGCAUAGUUGUGGAAAGUCCGUCGUAACAUCAAAUGGAAAAGGAUCGGGAACAACAGAUUUUGGAGCGUACUGCUUCAGUCCUGAUCUUGCUAUACAACAUUGUCGUAUUUUAAUAGAACGUAUACGACAAUUAUUUCCUCGCUUACAACCAAUUGGAUGGCUUGCCCUUCCACCAAGAUGGAAACCGUCUAAAUUAUUUAAUGAUUUAGAGAUUAAUGAGAAUAAUUGUAAAUUCAAUCAACAUCUACAAAUAUUAUCAAAAGAAAUGAAUUUCGAAAUUAUUGAUGCUGGUCUUCAACAACAUCAUAUGCAUCGAGAUGGAUUACAUCC